AUGGAUCCGUACGGCACGUCGCGUCAAGACAGCGACCCCUUGAGCUUUCCGCCUCAGGACCCCUACGAGCAUCAGCAGCAACAGCAGGCGAACAAGCGCGCACGUAUGGACUACGGCGGGGUCGCUGCAAGUGGGGGGCUCAGGGUGGGUGGGAGCAUGGGACCUGCUGCCGGCGUCCCCUACGAUGAUUACGGAGGCAUCGCGUCGGACGGCGGCGGCGGCGGCGUGUUGAGCUACCAAGCCCCGUUCGAGACUUACGGAGAAGGCAGUCGAGGUGUCAGUGGAAGAGGAAGAGGAGGAGGAGGAGCAGCAGCAGCAUCGACAGCAGGAGGAGGAGGCGUGCUGGGGACAAGUUACUAUGGGGGUGCCGGCGACGGGCUGGAGGAAGUCCGAGGUGGAAUCGUCGGCGGCGCGGCCGCGUUUCACGGGACCUCCGGCGUCGGCACGACUGCAGCGCUCUACGGCAACACCGGCAACACCGGCGGCGUCGGUGUUGGAAGGUACACCGGCUAUCCGGAAGCAAGCCGCGGAACUAGUUACGGCUCGGGCGUCCCAGGGACCGCCGCCGCCGCCGGUGGCGAAGGCGUUGCUGCGACCAGAGGGUACGGCACCAGUGGAGGCAUAGGCGAUCGGUACGGCGGCGGCGGCGGCAUGCGGGAGGUUGUCCCGGCAGACGGGUACGAGGACGUGAGGAGCGGGAUGGUCGGGGGCGGCUACAGAACGACCAACUACAGCAGCGGCACCGGCGGGGGUCUCGCGAUGGCCGGGUCGGACGGAGCCGGGUACGGCGGCGGGCGGCGGGGAGGGGGCAGCGCCCUCCCGUACGACGAGUAUCGCAGCGAGUUCUACCCCAGCGGUGGGUUGGGCACCGGCGGCGGGAGCGGGGGAGGCGGCCACGUUUGGCCCGGGUCCUCGGCCGCAGGGAGAGGGGGCAGCGGCGGGUACGGCGUUUCGAUGGGUGCCACAGCAGGGGUAGGCGGUGCUGGCGCCAGGGGUAGGGGCCGGGACCCCGGGCGAAUACGCGGCGAUGAUGCGGCAGGUAUGCACGCCACCGGCGAUAUCGCAAGCACGAUCGGCAGUGUUGCGAGUAUGCUUGCCGAUGGCGGCGGGGGCGGGGGUGCCGUCGAUGAUGAUGGUGGGGGGCCCAAGGCUACGCCUGGUGUCGUCGACAAGCAUGCGGUAGAAGAAGAUGACGGGAUCGAAGACGAAGGGCCCCUGGGUGGCUGGACGGAGGUGGAAAGUUGGGAGUUCGCCAGGCUGCCACUUGAGGGCAAGACCCGCAAGCCGUGCCCCCGGGAAGUGAGCGGACCGAUCCACGUCUUCGACGGCAAGAGAAAGCCCGGAGCCACGGGGUGGCCCCCCGGCAUCACCUGGAUGGUCAGCGAGACCUACAAGGGUACCCUGGAAGGGAUAAACUGGCCGCCCUCGCUCGUCGGGGUGGUGCUCACUGGCUUCAAUCGUCCAAUCAAGCACGUCGACUGGCCGGAGGGGCUGCUGGAGCUGUACCUCAGGGGACCCUUCGAUCAGGCUAUCGAAGAAGCGCGUUUCCCGGAGUCUCUCAAGACCCUGUCCUUCGGGGCCUGCUUCAACCGCCCUGUCGAGGAGGCCGAGUUCCCACAGGGUCUGGAAGGCCUAUACUUCGGGGAUAAAGACAAGGGCUACGAGCGGGCCAAGUUCAACCAGCCAUUGGCGGGCAUGGCAUGGCCGGCCUCCCUCAAGCAGCUCAGCGCUGGCCAGGCGUUUGAUCAAUCCUUGGAGGGCGCUGAUUGGCCGGACACGCUCGAGGUUAUCAACAUCAUGGGGAGCAAGAAACAGCCGGUGGAGGACAUAGAAUGGCCGCCCGGCCUGAAACAGAUCCACGUGAGCGGACGUCUCCGCAAGGAGUCUCCCAAGGCGGCGUGGCCCCGUGGCUGCAAGGUGUACGCCUGGUCCUUCUCUAGCAGGGCCGCGGUAGAGCCGACGCCGACCUUCGGCAAGACAAAUGUCGGUCUCAGCAACUUCUCCGGCCACAACUCGGAACAAGUGAUGUUCGAGUACUGA